UCACCCAUUACCAGCCUGGACUUCUGGUCUGAGAACCUCAACAGGAUGAAUUGUUGCCUGGAUAAAGACAUUUUGUUCCUCUGUCAGAUCAUCAGUGAAGGUAUUUAAACCCUCCAUUCCCUGGUUGAAGGCACACUGCUUCCAGUGAACCUGGUUUCUGCUGCUGCUGCUUUGAUUCUUCAUCACAAGGUAAAAUUUGACUCAUCAAACCCAAAACUAAAACCUGCUUACAAUUCUGUUCUUCUGAUAUAUUUUAUGAUAAAAUCUAGUUCUGAUUGUCAGAAACAUAAAAACUUGUUUCCAUCAUGUUCGUAUGGAUGGAUGAAAUGUAUCAUUUGGUUCAGCAGCUUGUUAAAAAUAUAGAAAAUCAUCUAAUAUUUUCAGUUUUAUCUCAGAGUUACUGAUGUUUCUUAUCUCCAUACAGAUGAAAUUUGUUCUUUUUACUUUGUUCCUUUGUGGAUUCAUGCUCAAAGUAAAUGGGAAAAGUUCAUCAGGAGAAUCCCUCCCAGAGGAAAAAUCCCUCGUGGCAUGUGAGGGAACAGUGGCUCGACUCUACUGUGAAGAAGGUCAGGCUAUCUAUGUGACCAGUGCUACAUAUGGACGCACUGACAAGAAGAGGUGCAGCGCUGGGAGACCUGCUGACCAGCCAAAGAACACCGAGUGCUCCACAGACGCAGGGAAAGUUGGUGAGAGGUGCAACGGGAAACAGUGGUGUAAAGUCAAAGCCAGGAACUAUGUGUUGGGAGAUCCCUGCUAUGGGACCUACAAGUACCUGGAGGUGGAAUAUAUUUGUUACGAUGUUCCCCAGUUGUGCCCAGAAUAGAAGCAGAAGUCGCCUUCUUCUUCAGGAUGCCGACGAAGGCUCUGAUGCUGCUGCCCCAACAGAUGACGCAGAGGGCAACAGACUGAGAGAAGAUCUGCAGCAUUCUGCUGCAAACCUGGAAGAAUCUUAGCUCCCUCAAGAAGCUGAAUGAAAAUAAUCUGAAUUGCAAUUAAACAUAAUAAAUAAAGUAAUAGAGUUAGUUUGAAAAUAUUUUUAUUUUCAUUUCUGUAAUAUAAAG